GCGGCGGCGCUCACUUCAGGCGACGAGCCGUACGGAGCAGCCUCUCGCUGGGCGACGUCUAGCGCUGUCCAUCAUGUCCCUGAGGAGCAGCCUCCCGCGUCUCCUCCAGACGCAAGUGCAUUCCAUCCUGAAGAAGUCCGUCCACUCCGUGGCUGUGAUCGGAGCCCCGUUCUCAGGGGGACAGAAAAGAAAAGGAGUGGAAUAUGGUCCCGCUGCUGUAAGAGAAGCUGGCUUGAUGAAAAGGCUCUCCAAUUUGGGUUGCCACCUCAAAGACUUUGGAGAUUUGAGUUUUACUCCAGUCCCCAAAGACGAUCUCUACAACAACCUGAUAGUGAAUCCUCGCACAGUGGGCCUUGCCAACCAGGAACUGGCUGAGGUGGUUAGUAGAGCGGUGUCAGGUGGCUACAGCUGCGUCACAGUGGGAGGAGACCACAGCCUGGCAAUUGGUACCAUUAGUGGCCACGCCCGGCACUGCCCAGACCUUUGUGUGAUCUGGGUUGAUGCCCACGCUGACAUCAACACACCCCUCACCACUUCAUCUGGAAAUCUCCAUGGGCAGCCAGUUUCAUUUCUCCUCAGAGAACUACAGGACAAGGUACCACAACUCCCAGGAUUUUCCUGGAUCAAACCUUGUGUCUCUUCCUCAAGUAUUGUGUAUAUUGGUCUAAGAGAUGUGGACCCUCCUGAACAUUUUAUUUUAAAGAAUUAUGAUAUCCAGUAUUUUUCCAUGAGAGACAUAGAUCGACUUGGUAUCCAGAAGGUCAUGGAACAGACAUUUGAUCUGCUGAUUGGCAAAAGACAAAGGCCAAUCCAUCUGAGUUUUGAUAUCGAUGCAUUUGACCCUACACUGGCCCCAGCCACAGGAACCCCUGUUGUAGGGGGACUGACUUAUCGAGAAGGCAUGUAUAUUACUGAGGAAAUACACAAUACAGGGUUGCUGUCAGCACUGGAUCUUGUUGAAGUCAAUCCUCAGUUGGCUGCUUCAGAGGAAGAAGCCAAGGCUACAGCAGGCCUGGCAGUGGAUGUAAUUGCUUCAAGUUUUGGUCAGACAAGGGAGGGAGGGCACAUUAUCUAUGACCAGCUUCCUACUCACCAGAUGAAUCAGAAAGUGAAGAACGUAUGAAAAUUUAGGAAAUACUGCGUUUGUCAAAUAUACGUUUGUCAUAAUGAGCAUUCCGGAGUUGUGAGGCAUUUGACUGCACAGAUACUAAAGGUUGUCUGGGUCAAUAUUGCCUUAAUGAGAACAUCUGUGCAUUCUCACAAUUGUAAAGUUUCCUUCCCCUCUCCACUUUGGUGACCAAUAACACUAUUGUAAAUGUAUUUGGUUUUUUGUAGUUCACGGGGUAUUAAUAUGUUGAUGUACUAUGUAAAUUUAAAGUCAUAAACAGCAUUUAUUACCUUGGUAUAGCA